CGACGGUAGCCUCUUCGAGCGAUACGUUUGUACUUCCUUCCCAUGCACGCAUACUUCACGAAGCUAUAAGGACGCCCGCGGGGCUCGGGGAAAGGUAGGCCCUUCGCCCCAACUCGCCCUCGCUACGUCGCACCGCCUCCUGCGCCUCCCCCCUCCCAUACUUCGCGAUGUCUAGCCCGCUCGAUAGCACAUACGGCCUUUGGCUGGUGUCCAUGUUUAUCAUGUCGAUCCUUUAUGGGAUCGGUCUCUUGCAGUCGUGGCUCUACUUCCACUGGUACUCAAAUGACCAUCCCUUCGUCAAGAGCCUGGUCAUCAUCCUUCUCGUCCUGGAGACGCUGCAAAUAUCUUGGUACUUCGACGGGACGUACUACUACUUUGUGGAGCAAUUCGGGAACUUCCAGGCAUUCACGUAUAGCCCUUGGGAGAACUCCGCCCAGCUACUGGCUGCCUAUCUGUCCGCCUUCGUCGUACAGGCUUACUUCGCGGGCACAGUGUGGCGCCUCGACAAGGGCAGGAGAUGGGCAGCUGUCGUGAUUAUGAUGUUGGCAUUGGCUAGCAUUUCUGCUGGCAUUGCCCAGACUGUUGCCACCGCCAAGCUGUCUUCAUUGACACGACUCGGCGAGACGCGCGACAUCACCACGGUGCAAGCAGCGACGGCGCUCGCGACCGACCUCGCCAUCACCAUCGCGCUCUGCUUCACCUUCCAGAGCUUCAAGUCUGGCAUGCAAUCCACCAACGCCGUCCUCAACAACCUCAUCAUGUACGCCGUCAACCGCGGCGUGCUCACCUCCCUCUGCGCACUCCUCAACCUCGUCCUCUUCCUCGCGCUCCCCGGCACGUUCUACUUCUUCAUCGGGCUCAUGCCUUCGUCGAAGCUGUACAUGAACACCAUGCUCGCCACGCUCAACACGCGGCAGCACAUCCGCACCAAGACGUCCGGCUUCUCGGGCGCGUCGGGCGGGAACAGCAGCGACCAGGCGACGAUGCCGAUGCCCGUGAGCAUGGGAGGCGGGAUGAGCUUGGGAGGGAUGGGCGGCAUGGGCGGGAUGCGCCAGGACUACGAGCUCCCGGUGCACAUCCACCGGCAGGUCGAGUUCUCGAGGGACGAUUCGGAUAUGUUCAAGAAGGGCUUGGACGCAGACAGCGUGUAGAUGGCGGGUGAUUUCUUGGAUUCCCAUCUCGGCAUCGCUGGGAACGCAUUCGUUCUCAUCGCUGGGAAUGCCCUUCGUUCGUUCCCACCCCAUUUCAUUCGCUUGUAGAAACCUUACCUGCGCUUGUCGCUUGACACCCGUGUACAUAUCGGCCUACGCGCCCUUCGACGGCCUACUGGCCUUUCGACGGUCCUCUCCUGCACCCUUGGCCGUCUACUUAUCCCUUCGACUUCUAAUACCCUCCCGUCGCAUAUGCGCGACCCUUACCCGCAUCGCGAUACAAGCUGGUCGCCUCAGAACUUUGGAUAUUUACAUUAAGCAACAAGACCUUUCCCCAUUCGCCUCCCAUCUCCAGCCUCCUGUAGCAUUCCUUCCAUCCCCACCACGUACUGUAUCUUGAGAAUUGCAUGCGCCUUUGAAGCGCGAUUUUGACACGCUA